UCUCUCUCUCUCCUCUCAAGUUUCCUAUCUUCUCAAGAUCGGGGCAAAGGAAGGAAAACAUCGAAUUCGCCUUGCUCUUUCAGAGCAGCUGUCAAACGCGUCGUUUCGCAGCAUUUGAUCUGCAACCAGCUGCCUCCAAGACGUGGUCUUGGGCAACCAUGGAUGGGCAGGGAGAGAAAUUUUGAUUUGAUUUGAUAUCAUUUUAUUGUAUGUUGGAGGAAGUGAAGACAUGAGGACGGCAAUUCAUUGUAAAGAAGAGAAUAAUAAUUGAAAAAAGAGGUGAUGAAGGCGAAAUUGGAUAUCUCCAACAUGCAAUCCCUGCUGCUUGUUUUCUUGGUGUGGGAUCCAGCCAGGUUGGUGCUGGCUAACAUCCAAGAAGAUGAGGCUAAAAAUAACAUUACCAUCUUUACAAGAAUUCUAGACAGACUUCUGGAUGGUUACGAUAAUCGGCUUAGACCAGGACUGGGAGACAGUAUUACUGAAGUCUUCACUAAUAUCUACGUGACCAGUUUUGGCCCUGUCUCAGAUACAGAUAUGGAAUACACUAUAGAUGUUUUCUUUCGACAAAAAUGGAAAGAUGAACGGUUGAAAUUUAAAGGACCUAUGAAUAUCCUUCGACUUAACAAUUUAAUGGCUAGCAAAAUUUGGACUCCAGAUACCUUCUUUCACAAUGGCAAAAAGUCAGUAGCUCAUAAUAUGACAAUGCCAAAUAAACUGCUUCGAAUCCAGGAUGACGGGACUCUACUGUACACAAUGAGGCUUACAGUUCAAGCUGAAUGUCCAAUGCACUUGGAGGAUUUUCCAAUGGAUGCUCAUUCAUGUCCUCUGAAAUUUGGCAGCUAUGCAUAUACAACUUCAGAGGUCACUUAUAUUUGGACUUACAAUGCAUCUGACUCAGUACAGGUUGCUCCUGAUGGCUCCAGGUUAAAUCAAUAUGAUCUGCUGGGCCAAUCAAUUGGAAAGGAGACAAUUAAAUCCAGUACAGGUGAAUAUACUGUAAUGACAGCUCAUUUCCACUUGAAAAGAAAAAUUGGGUAUUUUGUGAUUCAGACCUAUUUGCCUUGCAUCAUGACUGUCAUUCUCUCCCAAGUGUCAUUCUGGCUUAACAGAGAAUCUGUGCCUGCAAGAACUGUGUUUGGAGUAACAACUGUUCUGACAAUGACAACUCUGAGCAUCAGUGCUCGAAAUUCUCUCCCCAAAGUGGCUUAUGCUACUGCCAUGGACUGGUUUAUUGCUGUUUGUUAUGCUUUUGUGUUCUCUGCCCUAAUUGAAUUUGCAACUGUUAAUUAUUUCACCAAAAGAGGAUGGGCUUGGGAUGGGAAGAGUGUAGUAAAUGACAAGUCCCCUUCAAUAAAAGCUGAAGGCAUUAUAUUAACAUACAACUCAGUGAAGGCAAUUCUUCAAGGCGCUAAACUAAUAUGGUCCAAGUAUGUAGCUUUCUCAUGGCCCAGUUUAAUCCAAGGAAAAACUUUAGAGUACUUAGAGAAGUGGAUGGACUGUUUAACCUUCAAACAAUAUUCUAAAAAAGAAAAAGCUUCUGUCAUGAUACAGAACAAUGCUUAUGCGGUGGCUGUUGCCAAUUAUGCCCCGAAUCUUUCAAAAGAUCCAGUACUCUCCACCAUCUCCAAGAGCGCAACCACGCCAGAACCCAACAAGAAGCCGGAAAACAAGCCAGCAGAAGCCAAGAAAACCUUCAAUAGUGUUAGCAAAAUUGACAGAAUGUCCAGAAUAGUUUUCCCAGUUUUGUUUGGUACAUUUAAUUUAGUUUACUGGGCCACGUAUUUAAACAGAGAGCCUGUGUUAGGGGUCAGUCCUUGAAUCUAGAUACAAGUUAUCUUUGGGAUGUAUAGCAACAUUAAACUUGGGUGUUUGGCUCUGUACAGUCUGACUAAUAACUGCUAAUUUGUGAACCAAUAUGUACAGUAUGUAUAUAAUGAUGUAGCUUACCAGUAGACCUUUAAUGGAGACACGCAUUUGCUAACUCAUGGAACUAUGGGCAGAAAGCACCCCAUGCCAAAAGAGCCAUUGUCUUUUUUAAAGAUUUCCCCUAGGACUUGGUUUCAAGUGGAUUUCAGAUAACCUGAUAUUUCUUUUUUCCUAUCCUAAUAAUGAUGAAAGUGGAGAUCCUGUAUCACCCUUUAUGGAACCUUUUGAUUUAGGUAUUAAAUAGGAUUAUUUUCUACUGUUGCCUAUCUAUGAUAUAAGAUAGCAUUGUCAUUCAAAGAUGAAUACUUCGAAAUAGCAGAACCUUAUAUCUGCAACAUCAGUUCCCUUCAUGAAUGCACAGAAUCCCUGCUAAUGCAAUUGGAAGCUUGACUCAGACACGCAGAAGAAGAAAAACUAGAAAUCUGAAAUCAGCUUUUACUUAUUCUGUAUAGUAUCUAUAGCCAUGUACAUAUUACAGCAUGACAAGAUCAAACAAUUAUGAGUCACCCUGACAGGAUGUUAAUUAUGCCUACAAUUUCAUAACUUUUGGGAUGUCAUGGUCAUUAUGUUUUUAGCUUCAGAGUUUAUUUGAAAGUAAUAAUUGGAAUUCCACAGCUAUUUCAAAAUUUUAAUCAAUGGGGACUACCUUAAAUUAAAAGAAAAAAAAAAGAAAACAAAUGUGUCAUACUCUUUCCAGGUAUGUGUUGAACUAAAAUGAAUCAGCUAAAUAUUUUAUUUUAUUCUAUCUUAUUUAUUUAUUUUGGUGCUGGAGAUUGGAAAGUGAAUCCAGUUUGGCUGCUGUGGAGCAACAUUCAUACUGGAUUAGAAAAUUGUGCCAAAAACUCCAACUGAUGAGAAUUCAUAGGUGUUCCAGACUAUAGCACUUAUGUGAUUCUCUUCUUUCCUGUUUACUGCAAAUUCUGCCUUAAGGCUUCUUUUCAUCAGGACUCAGAAGCCACUAAUUAUAAAGGAAAGGGCAGUUAGUUGGCACAUUUUUCUGUCUUGAAAGCAUCUCUUUCAGAUAAGGAUAAAUGUAAAUCUGCUUUUGUAAAUUGCAACUUUAAAGUUCACUGACUCAAAUUUACAACAGCUUUGUAUACCAGAAGAGGUUUUGGUAAGUAUUGAACAUUUUUAAACCAUAACUUUAAAACAUCACCAACAGAUUGUGGGUUCACGUGCACAAAUAUUUGUGUGCACACGCGCACGCGCGCACACACACACACACACACAAGUGCAUAACUAAAUUCAAAACAAAAUUACAAUUUUAUAUUAUUGCUAAUUAUUAGUGGGUAAAUUUAUUUUCCUUUUACUAUUUGAAAAUACCAUUAUGUCCCUGAAAUAUGCUAAUAAAAGUUAACAAUUGUGUAUCAUGCUUAGAUUCAAAAUUUCUGGCAAAUCUAAAAUACUUUCAAUUGACUUGUACAUUAGCAGUUAUUAGCUGACUUUUAAUAAUAGAUGCACCUUCACAAUGAUGUUUUUGUAGAAAUACAAAUAGUCAAAUAGUGACAUUUCUUGCAAUUUUGUACAGUAUUUGAGUAUAGUGCAACAUAGAUAUGUUUACAAAUCAAUAAAAGAGUAUCUUAUGAAAAUAAGCAAAAUCUCAACAAAAAUUGCUUUUUCUUUGCCUCAUUUAUUUUUUAAUUUAUUUUUCAUUUUCUUUGUUUUAGUGUGACUCUACUAUGUGCUUUGCAUGAUUGUAUUAAUACCAAGGUCACAAAUGCAUCUUUAUUAACAGAAUUUGCCAUGAAGAGAGACUUGACAUUAAAAAUUCCCUCACAAAAAGUAAUUCAUAAUCCUUAAUAAAUAAAAUACAAUUGUUACUUGAGCCAAUAAAUGUAUUUCUUUAAAACCCUUCUAGUGACAAGUUCUUUGUCAUUUCAGUAGUUUGAAAAUGUGCAUUGAAAUUGCAGAUAUUCUAUUUUCAUACACAUUUAAACAUAUAGGUCUUCUGUGUAGUUUAGGUUUGUGUGCAAUAAUAUGAGAAGGUUCAUAAUGCUCAAAGGCAAAUAAUAAAAAUGCUUUGUAUGGUAUGCACUUUAAAAUAUUUUAGACAUUUGCACUUCUCUCUAAUGUCUGAAUAUAAAUUAUAUAAUUAUAAAAUAUGUACAUAUGUAAAAAUAGUUGUAAAUAACAGUUUCUGUAGGAGAACUGAAAAGAUUCAUCUGUAACUUGACAAAAGGCUGUGACUACAUUGAUGGCAACAGUUUUAGAGUGUUUAUGGUAGAUUGAUAGAAAACUUACCUUUAUUGUUAUUCUUUGAAAUAAUCUAACAGAAUUUUUAACUUCAAUCACUAAAAUAUUAUUUGAGCCUAAUGAUGGUUCCAAUGGCUCCAAUUUCCCUAUAAUGUUGUUCAUGAUGAAAAUCAUGAACAACAUUAUAGGGAAAUUGGUAUAUUUACUUUGGUAUAUUUUUACACCAUACUUAUUCUUUUAAUGUUCAGAUAAAUCAAAAGGUUUGGCUCUUGCUGGAGAGAGGAAGGAUGUUCCAUGGUAAAGCAUUUUGAAAAACUGAAUCAGUGUUUUUAAUAACUUCACUUUUCCAUAAACCAAUUUAAAGACAUAAAAAUGAUAUGAAUUUGUCACCAUAAAGCCAAUUUUUCAGAAAACACACUUUAUAUAUUAAUAUUUGUCUAUUUGGCCUUCAAAAUAACACAUAAAUUAUUGUAUGCAGUUCUACAACAACAAAGAGUUAUACUAUGUAGAAAAUAUAUAUAAAUAUAUAUAGAGAGAGAGAGACAGACUCACUAUUGCAUAAUAGAUAUCAAAUAGAGUUAUGUAUUUGACUUUCUAUUCUGUACAAUGGCCUGAGAUUCAUUUUAAUAUUACACAUAGGUUUUAAUAUUACACAUAUCACCCUCACAUAAUUUAGUUGAGAAUUAAAUCUCACUCUUAUAAAUACUUAAUAUCAAAGGCUAAAUGAGUCAUCACGUAAAUUAAUUUAAUACAGAGAGUUGUUUAAUGACCUAUGACAUCACUACUAGGCUAAGAUAUUGGCUGUUUUGCCUUCUUUGCUAUACAUGUUUCUGUUGGUUAUAAAAAUGGAACUAAUCUAACCAUUUAAUAUUUUUUAAACUCCAGUGAGUCUUUUCAAGUGCCAGUGUUAACAUUCAGAAAUCUUUUUCAGGGAUCUCUCUUUGAAUUUAUCUCAGGAUUGAAUAAGUGAUCCCCUUGAGACACAUUGCUAAUUUUUUCCCUUAAAAAUUUAUAUCUUAUUUUUUAAAACAACACAGAACCUAUUAUUUUACUCAUAUGUUUCUUUGGUAAAUAUAUUUGGUAAGAGAGGCAAAUUGUUCUCUAUAUAUCACAUGUAUCUAGGUGACUCUGCUUGUUACUGAUUAAGGGAACUGAACUGGGCCAUGACAUUAGGAUGGAUUUGUGAAGGGCACCCGAGCUCUAUGGGCACUUUACUUUGGAAUGACCUGUCAUUAUUCAAUUUAGAGGAGAAAUGAAAUGGCUCAAGUCACUUUCUAUACUGUCAUGGUCCUUCUGCACCUGUUAGGAAUUUGUUUUCCCGUGUUCCCUACUUGAUACCCUCAGGUGCGGUCUGUGAAAUAUAGAAAAUAUUUGUUACUUAAUUUGAAAUCUGGGGCCAUAUUGAUACUAAUUGUUCUAACUAUUAGUCUUCUGGCACUCUUACAUCCGUCUUCAAAUUUUUGAGGCAACUGCUAGAUUUUUUUUCCAUAUAAAAAGAUUAAGAAUUUCGAGGGAAUCAUGAGCUCACCUAUUGCCUUAUAGUGCCAUUUAUUUUCUUUUUUUAUUGAGGUUUCAUGGAUCUUCAUGAGCUCUUCAGGCUACACAGAAGCAUAAAAGCAAAAGUGAGAAGUGGUGCAGUUAUUUUUAACAUCUGCAUAAUUGGGAACCAAGGACACUGUACCAAAACCACUUAGUGUGAACACGAUGAAUAUGAUAUUUUUCUGUAUUGUUCAUGAUAUAAAAAUGACUAUAUUUAAUAGAAUUAUUCAUAAAAUGAUCCUUUGUUAACAAAAUUUUUAUUAAAGAUAUUCAUAUUUCCCAUUAGUUUUAAGAGCUCAUUCUUUUAUGAAAUUCAAAGAGAAAAAUAGGGAAAGAAAUAUCAAAGAGAAGAACCCACAGGAAUAAUGGAGCUAAUUAAACCAAGUAUAGCAUCCUUCCUUUUUAAAUCCUAAGAAAGUGGAUAAAUUAGGAACAUAUUUGUAUAUACAGAAAUAUUUUAACAGUUAUGAUCUUAUCACCAUAAUCAUUAUUACUAAAAUACUAAGAUAUAGUUCAUGUGAAGGGCCUUUGGGGAGGGUAAUGAUAAAUUAUUCAAAAUCUAUUUCGUACAAGAUUUUUAAAAAAUUCUUAACUAGGAGCUUAUUAGCAUAUCCAUUUCCUUUAGUUGAAAUAUUUUAUUUCUGCUUAUUUAUAUAAAGAGCAGCUCAUAUAGGUAAGUUAUACUCCACCAUAAACCACUCUGUGUUGUGCUUGAUACAUAAUAACAGCUAAUAUUGCCAGUAGGGAAGAACAAUUAACACGUGCACUUUUGGCAUAUGGUGAUAUUCCCAAUGAACCUUUAGUAAGGUCUUAGCUGUGUAUGUGUGUGUGUGUGUGUGUGUGUGUGUGUGUGUGUGUGUGUGUGUGUAAUUCCCAGGUGUAUAAGAAUGAGCAUUUUGAGAAAUUCUGAUAAGUUCAUAAUAUCCAAACUAUUUUUUAAUUAAUGAAUCCAAUCACACAUGUAUCUUUUGUUAAAAUAGCAAUUAAUUCAGUCAAUGGAAUUCCUUUUUCAAUAGAUGUCUAACUAAAUUAUUAUCUAUAAUUGGUCUUGAGUCAUACAUAUUUAGAAAUGUUCUUUCUUUAUGGAUGUAAACAUGUUCCCAAAGUAUUUCUAGUUGAUUGUUUUAACCCAUUAAGUUACAAAUGAUCUUGCAAUUCUGCUUAGGAAAGUAAUAUGAAAAAAUCUGAAUUUCAAGUUUCUCAGUGAAGGUUUUUGGAAACUCUUUAAAAAGUAAAUAUCUGGUAGUCUAAUUCUCCCACACCUUAGACGUGUAAUAAAUAUUGUGUGUUCUUUUGCCUAUACAAAAUGAAAUAUCUCAGUAAUCAUUUCCAAAUAUUAAGUAAUCUAUUUUCAUUAAUGAUUUGUUUUAUACUUUAUUUUUUAAAUAAAAGGAUUUGGAGUAUAUUCUCAUCAGGAGCUCAUUGCAAGUUAGUCGGUGUUCUAAGACCUUCAUAUGUGUGUGUGUGUAUACAAACAUAAAUAUAUACCACACGUGCACACACACACACACACACACUAUAUUACCUCAUUCAACAUUCAAUAUUCACAAUAACCGUAAUCACUGUGUGACUUGAAACUCUGGAAGACUAUAUUUUCUAUAUAAUACACCAACACAGCAGUAUAACAUAUCUUAGGGAAACUUACAAAAAUUAAAAACUUCAUUUUUCCUUGCUUUAAUUUAAAUGAAUAUUCAUAUCAUUUUUGGGAAAUUCCCUCAAAUAAGAAGGCCAUUCUCAGUUUUUAACAGGACAAAACCAAGAGAACUGUACUGUUCAGAAACCAAAACUCCAUUUCUGUGAUGUUCACUAUUCACUAGCAGUAGUUACAAAUAUAAACGCAUUGCAUUUCCCAUUUAUGGUCCAUAGAUAAUUAACAUCUAUUUUUUUUAAAAAAAAUGCUUAACAGUUGAUUAAGCAAACAAAAGUUAGUACUUAACCUCUUUAUUUUCAAUUUUUUUCUUAUUUUGCCAGAUUUGUUAAGAGUUGUAAAGGUUUUGCUUCCACUUGCCAUGCUAUCAGAUUCAUGACAUUUAACACGAUGGACUUAAAGAAUUAUAUGUUGGUUUUAUUGAACAUUUCAUGGUAAAUUACUAUCUAUAAAAAGAAGCCUAAAUUAAUCUCAAAUAAAUGCCAUUUUUUCCCCACUGAAAGUGUUGAAUUAGCUUAGUUGGAAUGAAAAUUCAGCCUUUAUUCUCCUUUUUAGAAGAUUUAUUUUGCUGUAACAUGCUGCCAAAAUGCCAUCCUACAUUGGAUAAAUAUAAAUAUUUCCCACAAAGUAUAUUUGUAGAAACAAACAAUACUAUAAAAGCAAAACAUAGAAUUGGUUUAGAAAUAAUGACAUAUAAAUUUGUUCCAAAUAUGACUGUUGUUUAAGAAUAUUCAAUAAAGUAGUUGGAACUCUAUGCUUUAAAUCUAGAAUCAUGUGUAAAGAUGUAUGAUGUAUGAUUAGAUAGGCAUAAAUGAAACUGAACUGUUGAGCCACAUCAUCAUGAAUUAAACUUCACCAUCCCUAGAAAAUUCCAUGAUUCCUUAUGGUCUUUGCUAUAUUUGAUUUUAAGUUGUUGAUGUCCUAUUUGUUUUCAGUAUUUUUCUGAGCAGAUAUGAAUUGAGAUGUUUGGUGUGCUCCAAACUAAGGAAUUUGACAUUUCAUGAACUGUCUCCAUUAGAGGUGAUGUGCAUGGAAACUUGAAAAAGCUUCAUAUUUGUUACUACAUUAGCAAAGUAAAAUAAAUAAAUGAAUACAAGAAAUGAAA